AUGGAAAACUUUACUAAUCCCCCUUAUUUUUACCUCACCAUGUUUGUGAACAUAGGCAACUACCGUUACCUAACGUUUAUCCUGUGUCUCCUGUUGUAUGCUUUUAUUAUCUCAGCAAAUCUUGUCAUAGUAGUGGUGAUAUCACGAGAGAAAGCUUUACAUGAGCCCAUGUAUAUUUUCAUUAUGUGCCUUUCUAUUAAUUCUCUGUACGGCUCUGCUGGCUUCUUCUUCCGAUUUCUGAGAGAUCUUCUGUCUGACACUCAUUUGAUCCCACGACUGGCUUGUUUCAUUCAGGUCUAUGUCAUUUACACCUAUGCAUCCUAUGAGCUAACCCUUUUGAGCAUAAUGGCCUAUGAUCGGUAUGUUGCUAUAUGUCAGCCUUUGCAUUACCACAGCAAAAUAACUGGCAAAUCAGUCUUGAAGUUGCUUGCCUUUGCAUGCAUCUAUCCAGUCUUUUCUAUUGCAGUCUGUGUGUAUCUGGCCUCCAGACUUCCACUAUGUGACAAUAAGAUACCCAGGGUGUUCUGUGCCAACUGGUCUGUAGUAAAAUUGUCAUGUGUCCCAACUAAGAUUAAUGACCUUGUUGGCAUGAUUGUGUCCGUAACCACGGUCUUCCUGCCCCUGGCUUUUGUCUUGUAUACAUAUGCACACAUUUUCCUCAUUUGCAGGAAACGCUCUUUGGAGUUCAAAAGCAAAGUCAUACAAAGCUGUCUGCCACACAUUAUUACGUUUGUCAAUUAUUCCAUUACUGUGUUUUGCGAUGUCGCUCUCAGCAGAAUUAAUCUUGAGGAGAUAAAUCCAUUUCUCGCUGUCAUUUUAUCACUUGAGUUUGUCAUGAUUCCCACCAUUGUGAAUCCUCUUGUGUAUGGCUUGAAAUUACCAGACAUUAGAAAAUGUAUAUUUAGUAUGUUAUCAUGCGGAAAAUUUGACAGACAAUCUAAAUGA